UCUACUCCAGCUGGCCGGCGUGGUCUUGUAACGUAAUUAGGUUCAAGAAUUAAUCAGGUAUAAUAACUAAGCAAGCUUGAGAAGAAGAAAGGGUAGGAAUCAUGGCAGGGGGAUUCGGGGGCCCGACAGGCGGCGAAGAUUUUGAAGGAAAGAUCACGGCUAUUGUGGUCAUUUCGUGCAUAUUGGCCGCUAGCGGAGGCCUCAUGUUUGGUUAUGAUAUUGGCAUUUCAGGUGGUGUUACAUCCAUGCCCGACUUCCUAAAGGAGUUCUUCCCGGUUGUAUAUAGGAAGCAACAAAUUCCAGGACUUGAGAGCAAUUACUGUAAAUAUGACAAUCAAGGCCUGCAAUUGUUCACAUCUUCAUUAUACCUCGCUGCAUUGACAGCAACCUUCUUUGCAUCAUACACAACCAGAGUUCUAGGCAGAAGGAUGACCAUGUUGAUCGCCGGGGUUUUCUUCAUAGUCGGAACUAUUUUUAAUGCUGCAGCUAAGAACCUUGCCAUGCUCAUUAUUGGGAGGCUCUUACUUGGUUGCGGAGUUGGUUUUGCAAACCAGGCCGUACCACUUUUCCUUUCGGAGAUUGCACCGACAAGAAUUCGUGGAGCACUUAAUUUGCUCUUCCAGCUCAUGGUCACCAUUGGCAUUCUUGUAGCACAACUUAUCAAUUAUGGAACUGCGAAGAUUAAAGGGGGAUAUGGAUGGAGGAUAUCACUGGGUUUGGCUGGCGUUCCAUCACUCUUGCUAACACUUGGGGCUGUCAUUGUAACAGACACUCCAAACAGUUUGAUCCAACGAGGUAAGUUGGAGCAAGGAAAAAAAGUUCUAAAGAGGAUCCGGGGUAUUGAGAAUGUCGAUCCGGAAUUCCUUGAGAUUCUCGAGGCAAGUCGCGCUGCUAAAGAAGUGAAGCAUCCCUUCAGAAAUCUCCUUAAGCGUAAAAACAGACCUCAACUGAUCAUUACAAUUUUCUUGCAGUUCUUCCAGCAAUUCACAGGCAUUAACUCAAUCAAUUUUUACGCUCCAGUUUUGUUCCAGACCUUGGGAUUUAAGAAUGAUGCUUCCCUUUACUCAUCAGUUAUUACAGGCGUUAUCAUGGUUCUCGGAGCCAUUAUUUCAAUUUACUUUGUCGACAAAGCUGGUCGCCGCGUGCUCUUGAUUGAAGGUGGCAUCCAAAUGUUCCUCUCUCAUGUGGUCGUUGCAAUCAUACUUGGGAUGAAACUUAAGGAUCAAUCCAACGACCUCGAUCGCGGCUUGGGAAUUCUUGUGGUUAUUGUAGUCUGUUCUUUUGUGGGUUCCUUUGGAUGGUCUUGGGGGCCUCUUUGCUGGUUGGUUGCCAGUGAGAUAUUCCCUCUAGAGGCUCGCUCAGCCGGGCAGAGUGUGACUGUGUCUGUAAACAUGUUGUUCACAUUUGUUAUAGCACAGGCCUUCCUCUCAAUGCUUUGUCACAUGAAGUUUGCUAUUUUCUUAUUCUUCGCAGCGUGGGUCUUCCUCAUGACAGUCUUCGUCUUCUUUUUACUUCCGGAGACUAAAGGUGUCCCUAUCGAAGAAAUGGUAGACGUAGUGUGGAGGGAGCAUUGGUAUUGGAAGAGAUAUAUGGAUGACUGCGAAGAUGAUCCUAAGGGACAUGCUUGAAGCAUUGACCUCAUUCAAGCAGCCUCCGAAUGGCGGUUUUCCAAUCAAUUUUUUUUUUGCUUAAUUUCCUCAAUUGUAGGGCACAUGCCAAUUGUGCAUGCAUGCAUUUCAAUGUUUUUACUGUUUAAACUGUAACUUUUUUUUUAUCAGUUUAAUUUCCAG